AUAGAAUUAGAGAUUCGAUAUAAAUAGUUGGAAAACAAAGCAAGGCCGCCAUAUUUUUAUCUUCAAUCAAACUGCACCCAUCUUCAAGAGUUGGACAACACAACUGUUUUUCUUUUCUAUCUUGUUUCGCGACUCUUCUCGAAAAGGGUUUGUUCUCUGGAAAUGGCAAAGAGUUACUUCAAACAAGAGCAUGAUCUUGAGAAGAGACGUGCUGAGGCUGCUCGGAUUAGGGAAAAAUACCCAGAUAGGAUUCCGGUGAUAGUCGAGAAAGCAGAAAGAAGUGAUAUCCCAAACAUAGAUAAGAAAAAGUAUCUUGUCCCUGCGGACUUGACAGUAGGACAAUUUGUCUAUGUUAUACGCAAAAGGAUCAAAUUGAGUGCGGAGAAAGCAAUUUUCAUAUUUGUGGACAAUGUCCUGCCACCUACAGGGGCAAUUAUGUCCGCCAUAUAUGAUGAGAAGAAGGAUGAAGAUGGGUUUCUCUAUGUUACUUACAGUGGAGAGAACACAUUUGGGGACCAGAUCCUCCUGUAGCAUAUGAAAUUUUGGGUAUCGAUCACAUUGUUUCUUCAAAAGUUCCAUCCAAUUACCUCAAAUCCCUUGCAUCGUUAUUAUAUAAUUGUACCUACUUUAUGAAGAGAUUGCAAGCAAUAUUAUGUAUAGUUUUAUCCUAUAUGUAUGCCUAAGAACCUCUCCAAUGUCAAAUUAUCCUAUUCGUGUUUUAAAUAAUCGUUUUUAAUA